GCUGAAUUUCAGUGCAAGCGCUGAAGCCCACCGCCUCAGUUUGUUGUCUGCAGGGUAACAGCCAGGAUGAUAGACAACCAAGAGUUUAUGGUGGAGGCUUACCCGCGGGAGCUCACCCAGAACCCGCUCAAGAAAAUUUGGAUGCCGUGCAAAAACGGACACAUCGCUCACAGACGCGUAUGUAUGACAAAUUGCCCGACCCUCAUUGUGACUGUUGGACUUCCAGCCCGAGGGAAAACCUACAUUUCGAAGAAGCUGACUCGAUACUUAAACUGGAUAGGCGUGCCAACAAAAGAGUUCAAUGUUGGUCAGUACCGGAGAGAGUGUCUGAAAAUCUACAAGUCCUUUGAGUUUUUCCGUCCAGAUAAUGAAGAAGGCCUAAAAAUCAGACGUCAGUGUGCUACGUCAGCUCUUAAUGAUGUUCUGCAGUACCUGAGCGUUGAAGGAGGACAAGUUGCGGUCUUCGAUGCCACUAAUACAACGAGAGAAAGAAGAGGGACCAUCAUCAGGUUUGCUGAGCAGAAUGGGUUCAGGGUAUUUUUCGUGGAGUCUGUGUGUGAGGACCCAGAAGUCAUUGCUCAAAAUAUAGUGCAAGUUAAACUGGGAAGCCCAGACUACAUACACUGUGACUCAGAUGAGGCCAUCAAGGACUUCAUGAAGAGAAUAAAGUGUUACGAGUCAUCCUACCAGCCUCUGGAUGAGGUUCUCGACAGGGAUCUGUCCUAUAUCAAGAUAAUGGAUGUGGGACGUCGUUACCUGGUGAACCGUGUCGUUGACCACAUUCAAAGCCGUAUUGUCUACUACCUGAUGAACAUCCACAUCUCACCACGCUCCAUCUACCUGUGUCGCCACGGCGAGAGCGACCUCAACAUCAAGGGACGCAUUGGGGGAGAUUCGGGCUUGUCUGCCAGAGGACAAGAGUUUGCCACACGUCUGAGGAAUUUCCUCCAGGAGCAAAACAUCAAAGAUCUUAAAGUGUGGACCAGCCAAAUGAAGAGAACAAUCCAGACAGCAGAGAUCCUCGGAGUGCCAUACGAACAGUGGAAAUCUCUCAAUGAAAUUGACGCUGGUGUGUGUGAGGAGAUGAUGUACGAGGAAAUCCAAACUCAUUACCCUCUGGAGUUUGCCCUGAGAGACCAAGACAAAUACCGCUACCGCUAUCCUAAAGGAGAGUCAUAUGAAGACCUGGUUCAGCGGCUGGAGCCCGUGAUCAUGGAGUUGGAGAGACAGGAGAACGUUCUAGUGAUUUGUCACCAAGCAGUCAUGCGCUGUCUUCUUGCAUAUUUCCUGGACAAGACUGCAGAUGAGUUGCCUUAUCUUAAGUGCCCUUUGCACACAGUAUUGAAGUUAACCCCCGUGGCUUAUGGAUGUAAAGUGGAGUCUUUCUGUUUAAGCGUGGAUGCUGUGAACACACACAGAGACAGACCAGAGAAUGUGAAUGUGCAGCGCAGCACUGAAGAUGCUCUGCAGACAGUCCCAGCUCAUUUCUAAACUCCUUCACUUCCUGUCACAGCCGAAACCUCAUCUAACUUCGUUAGGACCUCUGAACGGCAUUAACGGUGCUGAUCAACUGCUGAGGCAGCUUUUUCCCUGAGUCAGAGACAUCUUUCUAGACUCUCAUUGUAAAGCACUUUCACUAAAUGUCGUCCAUUUUAUACAUUUGUUUUAACCGUACAGUAGCUUGACUCUCUUUGGCGGGGAAACUAAAGGCAGAUGUGAAUAUUUUUUUUAAUAUGUGAACUUCUUAAAUGGUGCAAUGAUAUUAACUUUAAUCAUUGUCUUCCAUGCAUUGUGUAUACUGCCAUUGUUUGUUUCUAAAGGUGUUUUUAUAUGGAAGACAAAAAAAAAAAAAAAAAAAAAAAAACACCAGAAAAGACCAAGGACACUAAUCAUGUUUUCCUUUUCUUGCUUAAUUUUUUUUUUUUUCAAACAAAAAAAACCCUGAUUAUUCUUGGUGUGUUUAAAAAUUUCAAACAUUCCAGAAAAGAGAAAAUGUUACAAUGAGCUCAUCAUAAAAAAAAAAAAAAAAACAAGGGGCUGAAAUUUUACAUACAUGUCGUAUGUUUUCUCUGAAAUGUAGCUGAUAUGCUAAAACUCCAAAAUGAAGCACUUCCUGUUGUAAUCAUAGUGAAACUAAAACUUAUUUGUCUUUAAGACUAAAAGUUGAGAACUUGUGAAAUAUUCGGUUUGUCACUUAAGGCAUUUUUGGCCUCUAAAUCACUCCAUCACAAGUGAAAAGUAUGAAUUAAAACUGUGAAAACUGUACAUGCAUGAAUACUUUUUGUGGGGUAACAACGUAUACUACUAUACUGGGGAAAAAUAACCCAAAAUGCCUUGUCUGUCUCCAGCUGUCCAACCUCAAUAAAUGUUAAUGUUUCUUGUAAAGAAAGCUGUGCAGUUGUGUUUAAAGACUUCACAGACAGACUGAAAUACAAAGCAUAUUCUUUAUUUAU